CAAAUACAUUAAAUGUAUUAAACAUCCAAUACGGCUGCAAAAUUAUGUGGAAAAGGUUAUACCAUCGUAUACUGAUGUGCAAUUUCAAUCACAUUUCAGAAUGAAUCGUACAACAUUUCAUCAUAUCUUACAUCUUAUAAAACCUUCAUUACUAAGAUCAAAAGGUGGUCCUAAAACAUUAUCACCGGAAAAACAAUUUCUUAUUGCCAUAUGGAAAAUGGCAACACCAGAUUCGUAUCGUGAGAAAUUUAAUGUUGGAAGAAGUAGUGCAUUAAGAGCUGUAAGAAGAGUGUCAAAAGCAAUUGCCAAAUUAUCUCCUCUGUUUAUUACUUGGCCACAAGGUAAUAGAGCACAAGAAGUUAUGAUGGGAUUUACUGUAGCUAGUGCUUUUCCCAGAAUAAUAGGAGCAAUUGAUGGCACUCAUAUUAAUAUAAGAGCACCACAUGUUUCUCCUGAGUGUUAUGUUAAUCGGAAAGGGCAUCAUAGUAUACAAUUACAAGCCGUUUGUGACCAUGAACGAAGAUUCAUCCAUUGUGUUACUGGGCACGUAGGUUCUGUCCAUGACCAACGUGUAUUUCGUUUGUCCGAAGUUCAUAAUUAUUUACAAGAUCCAAGAAAGUUUCCUAAUGAUAGUCAUUUAGUAGGCGAUGCCGCUUACUCUCUUCAUGAAAAUUUAAUGACACCAUAUCGGGAUAAUGGGCACCUAACACAUAAACAAAAAAAUUACAAUUUUUGUCAUUCAUCCUCUCGAAUGGUUAUUGAACGUACAUUUGGCUUACUAAAAGGAAGAUUUAGAAGCUUAUUGACAGUACUCGAUAUGGAACGUGUCGAUUUAAUUCCCGAGUUUAUUAUUGCUUGUUGUGUUUUGCACAACAUCUGUUUAUUACACAAUGACAGUUUUCCAAUAGAUACAGAUUUGGUACAAGACAAUGACGAUAUAUUAAGAAAUAAUGCUCCAACCAGAGGAAAUAAUGCAGGUUAUACAAAACGUGAU